UAUUCGGCAUUGUUAGCCGGUGGUUGCGUUUUUUUUAUCGGAAGGUGUUGUGUGAAGCUGUAAUAAGUGAUACGCAAAUAUUAAAAAAAGUUACGCGCUCAACAAAUUUUUGCAAUUAACGCUAUUCGGAUUUUAUGCAGUUCACUUUUUGUGAAGUGUAGUGGUUAUAAAUAAUGUCGAAUGAGCAAAACGAAGAAUUACCAACUUCGUCUGCUAAUACUGAAGGAAAAAUUAUUGAUACUACAUCAGAUCGCACAUUUGCUAAAUAUCGUUCACUUAUAAUAUCCGAGUGUGGUUUUAAAAUAACCACGACGGAAAGUUAUUUGAAGCGUCUUCAAAAUUUACGCAAAGAAUUGACUUACAUUAACGAGACAGAUUGGAUGUUUGAGCCUUUGGACAAAAAACCGUCUCAAUAAAAAUAAAUUGCUUUUUAUAAACAAAUUCAAAUUCAACAACUAAAACAAAAUGUUUACAAUACUCAAGAAAAUUUGGGAUUCUUUCGAACCCGCAGAUAAUGCACGGGACAAUUUUAAUAGGCAAACUGAACAGCUUGAAACUAUAAUUUACAAACAAGAGUGUCAAAAUAUUGUCAAGCCAUUAUAUGAAGCCCAAGAUGAAAAAAAAAUCGAAAAGAGUGAUUAUUACAAUGGUACCGGUAUUAUCACUUUGUUGAAAGAUGAUCAUGGGAUCCUAGAUAAUAAUAUUAUUUUUGAUACAUCCGUUGGAGGUGGUUUGGGUUGUGAACUUCGAGUUGGAUCCCGUGUGCGUUAUAUGGCGUACAAAGAUGAGGAAGGGCCGGUUAAAGUUUUUAAAAUAACAGAAGUUUUGGAAAAUUGCUGGGAUGAGUCUGGAAAUAUAGAUGAAGAAACUCUCAGGAAGCAGGUUGAUCAACUUAAAUUAGAGAAACCAGAUUAUUUCGCAGUACAUCAACGCAAUAUUUUGGGUUUGAUAGUGGAACGUGCACCAGAUUCUAUCGUUGUUGAUACUGACUAUAAAGUUAUGACUAUAACUUUGGAAUCAGUUGAAAUUAGUUUUGUGCCACAGGAAGGUGAUCGUGUUCUUGUUCAUUGUAACGUUCAAAACGACGAUAAAUUUUUGGACAAACAAGGGGAAAUAUUGGAAGAAAUCGCUGUUCAUCCAGCACGUUUAUUAAAAAAACAACGCUGUACUGUAACCAAAAUAAAGGAAGGUUGGGCUGUCUUAAAUAGAGAUUGUUAUUUAAUCUUUGAUGUAUCUCCUGAAGCCUCUAAACUGCGUAUCGGCGAUUCUAUUAUAGCAGAUAUGGUAGAAUGUGAAAGGGGCAAUUUCGUGUGGCGGUGUAUUAAAUUUGAAACUGAAGAUAUGGCUUACAGCGAUACGAAAGCCUUUGAAAAGUCAAUGGAAUCACAAGUUGUAAAAGUAUCAAGUGAUGUGCGUCAUGUAUUCUCAGGUUUACACCAAAAAGUGACUGUAGAAUUUACAAUUGAAAACAACACAGAUGAAGUACUAAAAGUGUUGGCUAUAGAAUUCUUUGGUAAAAGACAAAUCCAAAUAAAACUUAUUGAUAAAGACUUGUGUAAAGGAUUCGACAUAAAAUCGCGUAGUAGUGUACCAUUGCGAUUCGAAUGUGAAUCUUUGGUUUUUGGUAAUUCACACGAAUUCUUUUUAAUUCAGUUUCAUGGAUUUCGUAUUAAACGUUCCAUUAAUCUUACCGUAUGUGGAAGUGAGGAAGAGGCAGCGGAAUAUCGACAACGUGUUCUUGAAUUACCUGUACCAAUGGCAAAUGGACGCUCAUCAUCACAUCGCUCACGAUUUUAUGCUCAUUCGGUUUGGGGACGAAAAUGUGAACUUGUUUCGGGUGUCGGUAUAGGUCCCAAAAGACGGUUUAUAAAGCAUCGUAUUCCGCCAUAUGACGUACCUAAACGAUUGAAAGAGGCAUAUCUUACAUCAAGGUCAAAAAACGAUAUGACCGAUGGUGUUGAAACGUAUUUUCCGAGUGUUAAAGAAGAACUGACAGCACGAAAUUAUGUAACUAAAUUCCAAGUGCUAUUGCAUUUGGAAGAAAUUGAAUAUUUUGUUACAUUCCGCAAUUAUGAUAUGGAGCGUGCACAUUUCACUCGUGUUGGAGAAUAUCUAUCGUUAGUUAUAGAAAAUUUAGCUGAACGUCGUCCAUCACUUGUACUUGGAGACACGGUACAUGCUUCAAAUCCUUGGGAGCUAGGUGAACCAACAGCGCGUACGUAUGAAGGAAGCAUUCAUAAAGUCCUCUUCGAUCGUAUAUACUUAAAAUUUAAUGCUUCCUUUCAAAACAACUAUAACGGUGAAGAUUACCGGCUAGAAUUCUUUUUUUCUCGAUAUGGCUUUCGUAAGCAACAUCAUAGUAUCGUUAAAGCAGUUACCCACUUGGGAGAAGACUUUCUAUUUCCAACUCGUAUUAAGACACGUCCAAAUGCACAAUUAGCAAUUAACUUAAAUGCAGAUGAUGAUUUAAUUUUGGAAGGUAAAAAACACGACUGGGUCAACACCAAAUUAAAUAGCAUACAGAAACGUGCGGUUUACAAUAUUUUACGUGGGGAGGCCUAUAACAUGCCAUACAUAAUCUUUGGACCUCCUGGUACAGGCAAAACUGUAACACUCAUUGAAACAAUCAUACAAAUUAUUAAGCUGAUACCACAUGCACGCAUAUUAGUAGGCACUCCAUCUAACAGUUCAGCUGAUAUUAUAGCAACGCGCUUAGUUGAAAGUAAUGCGUUGGAACCUGGCGAUUUUGUUCGAUUGGUGUCACAGAACAUAAUUGAAAAGGAACUUAUACCUGAUGAACUGCUGCGUUAUUGUGCCACCGCAGAUAUUGGCAUAGAUGGCACAUGCGAGAGUGCGAUGGUUACUACAGAAAGUGGAUUAAAGUUGAGAUGUCAGCAAAAAUUUCUUGGACGCCAUAAGAUUACCGUUAGCACAUGUACAACACUCGGUAAUUUCAUGCAAAUGGAUUUUGGCAAUGAUCAUUUCACACAUGUGAUUAUUGAUGAAGCAGGCCAGUGUACUGAGCCUGAAGUUAUGAUUCCGAUUGCCCAGAUUUCCAAGGGUAAAGGACAGGUUAUACUUGCUGGUGAUCCAAAUCAACUUCAACCAAUUGUUAUAAAUCGUUUAUCAAAUGUUUCUGGUCUAGCGCGAUCAUUUCUGAUACGUAUAUUAGCACACACGCCAUAUGUGCGUGAUAUAGCGCGAUUUCCAUCUACUUCGGGCUUUGAUCCACGAUUAGUAACAAAGCUACUAUACAGUUAUCGUGCAUUGCCAUCUAUACUUAAUGUAUACAACGAAUUGUUUUAUAAUUCGGAACUUAUACCUAUGGUGCAUGAAGUAGAAUCAAGAGAAGCAAAGCUACUUAAGCUUGCCAGAAGUUCACUACCAGCUAAUGCUAAGUUUCACCCGUCGCACGGCGCGUUUUUCUUUGGUUUACGAAGCGAAAAUAAACAAGAAACUGACUCACCAUCUUGGUUUAAUCCAUUGGAAGCAAAACAGAUAUUCUUUCGUUGUUUACGUUUAUAUCGUAUGAAUAUACAACCAGACCGAAUUGGCAUCAUAACACCAUAUGCAAAGCAAGUCAAGCAUUUAAGAAAUAUCUUUCUUAGCGCAGAGAUAUCCAUGCCUAAAAUUGGUUCAGUUGAAGAGUUUCAAGGACAGGAAAGAGAUAUCAUUUUAAUAUCAACUGUUCGUUCAAGUUCACGAAUGGUCGCUGGCGAUAUUCGACAUUCCUUAGGAUUUGUUAGAUGCUCAAAACGUAUGAAUGUAGCUAUAUCUCGUGCACGUUACUUGCUUAUUGUAUUUGGAAAUCCUCAUUUGCUAAUGUAUGAUCGUUCAUGGCGUUCAUAUAUUUCCUAUUGCCUGGAUAAUGACGCUUACGAUGGGUGUGAUUUACCAGAACACCUGUUUCAUAAUGAUACUUAUAUUCAAGAUGAUGGUAGCCUUCAGAGUGAAAAGCAAAAUUUAAAUGAAGGUGAAAUUAAUGUUGCUGUUAAUGAAAACGGUAUAGAAAUAUAUGGAGGCAAAUAUAAGGAAACCAUAGCAAACCAGGAAAAAUUUCAAAAUAUUCACACAAAUGAUAUAGAUAUUCAUGGACAUGCUAAUAAUAAUGCCAAUAAAGCUGCAAAUGUUAGUAACGAAUUGCAUCAAGAAGAUAUAAUAAAUGCAAAUAAGGUUAAUCAAAUUAAUCCUCAUAUUAACCCUUUUAGAAAUGAUAACAAAUUGGUUAAAAAUAAUCCAUUAAAUAAAGAAAGAGGAAAGGAUAUAAAUAACAAAUCUUUGACAUAUGUUGAUAAGACUCAUUCUGAUGAUCGUGUUAAAACUGAUAAAUCUACUAUUAAAGAUAUUUCAGUUGUUUCAGAAAAACAGGAUGAUAAUAUCACUAACAAUAACUCUUAAUUCAUAUAAUAUAAACUAAAAUAACAACACCUUAUAGCUUUAACAACACUGAAAGUGAUAUGUUUUAUUACAAACAAAUUUAAAAUAAUUUUAAAAUAUAAUCUUAAAAUAACUACUAUUCCUCAUUGUAACAAUAUAUAUAUAUAUGAAGAUGUCGCAGAACGUAUAUAAU